CCACUUUUCACCGACUUCUACUCUACCCUCUUCAGCUCCUCCUCGUCCAUCGUUAUUCCUUGCUCUUUCUGCACUCUCUUGACGGGAGCUUGCUCUGUCUCUGCUUCUCAACAUACCGAAAAGUGCCCGCACUAGACUCCACCUCUACAGUCGCCCUCACGCCCCCUGCAACUGGAUACUAGCGGCAUCGUCUCUCGCGCCUCGAAGGCGCGACUCUGCCUGGUAGCAAGUGCCAGAUUUCACCUUGCCGACGCCGUCGACCAACAAAAUCAGGGCCUUGAGGUUGCGUUCGACCACAACAACUCCUUGACAGGAGCAAGCCACCUUCCCGGACUGUAUACCCAUUCUGUCUACCCCACUUUCAGCGGCGCGCCAUGGUCGGCGUCUACCACCGCAAGUCAAACAGGGACCUCGCCGAGGAGGCUCGCGCUGGCGCGUCUCCUGCAUCAUUUUAUGACACUCCCGCAUAUCCUGGCUCUAACUACAGCCAGCGUGCAGGGCCCUCAUCGUCCAAGAUGAAUCCUUCCUCUUCUACACCUGGUUUGCCCAACUUGAGACUCUCUGGUUUCGACGUGGAGAAGAUGAUGGCCGGGGUUGGAGGCGUCCCGAUGACUUCCAGUCCGUCCCAAGAGAUGGACGAGCGAGACUGGUCAUCACAAGCUGGCGAGUACGUUAAUGUCAAGGGCAACCACCGCAAUUCUCCUCGUCCGUACCAGCCUCCUCCUGCGUCAGCUUCUACGCGCGCGCCCACAUACCCAGGUUCCUCGCCAGCAGCUACCCCCCCAAAUCACUCCUCGAAUUCUCUGUCCUCUGCUCCUCAGCAGUCUUCAUACUCCCGGCGAUCCCCUGCUGCCACUGCUAGCAGUGGAGGCUACUUCCGUCCAGGGGACGCCGUCAAUGGCUCCGACUCCGGUCGAGCUUACAUGGCUAAGUCAAGGAGCCAAGAUCCAUACGGCUCACCUGUGGACAUGCCUCGGCCACCUUAUGGUAUGUCGAGCCCUCCAGCCUCUCCGCACCGUUCAAGACCGUCUCCGCAGCCGAGGGCGCCCUCUCAUCGUUCUUCUGCAGAUUAUUAUGCCUCCCCGCCAAGCGUUCAUCCCCCUCCGCGUACCGAAGGUGUCACUCAGUGGAUUGCUCGGGCGAACGAGACUGAUGAUCAACGAAGGGCACGGGAAUGGGAAGAAGCUCGAGAGCGACAACACGCUGCCGAUCGCAAGGAGCGCUACGAGGUCAAGGCGAAGCAGGCGGAAGAAGAGUCUUCUCGCAGGAGAGCUGAGUUCGAGGAGAUGGAGAGACAGGAAGCCAUCGCUGCUCGAAAACGCGCAGAAGACAUAGCUCGAAAGCGGCAGGAAGAAGAGGAAGACAGGAAAAGAGCCAUCGCAGCUGCAAGAGUCGAACGCGAGCGCCAGGAGCGCGAGGCAGAAGCUGAAAGGUUGAGGGAGCAAGAAAGGAGAUGGCAGGAAAAGCAGGCGCGUAAGAAGGAGGAAGAAGCCAGACGAAGGGAGAUGGAGCGUCAAAGGCAAGAGGACGAAGAGCGACGGCGUCGUGAGGAUGCAGCUCGAUGGGCAGAGGAAGUUGCCAGACGUCGCCAGAUGGAGGAAAGACAGCGAUUGGAAAGGGCUGCAGAGGCUAGGCGCCAAUUCGAGGUUGCAGAAGCAGCUCGCAUUAAGGCUGAGGAGGAGGCAGCACGGAGAAGAGCCGAGGCAGAGAAGGCUCGUAUCCAGGCCGAGAAAGAGGCAGAACAAGCCCGGAUACGGGCUCAGCAAGAAGCUGAGAGGCGGCGCAUUGCUGCCGAGCAGGCAAGGAUCAAGGCCGAAAAGGAUGCCGAACAGGCUCGCAUCCGGGCCGCUAAAGAGGCGGAAGAAGCACGGCUGCGAGCGAUCGAAGAGGCCAGACUGGCAAAGAUCAAGGCCAUCGAGGAUGCUGAGAAGGCUCGACUCAAAGCAAUUGAAGACGCUGAGAAGGCUCGACUCAAGGCCAUCGAAGAUGAAAAGAGACGCAUCGAAAAGGCAAAGCAGGACUACAUUCGAGCUAUUGCAGACGGUCACGCAAAUAUCGAAAGGGAAGACAAGGAAAAUGUCGAUCGAGGUCGUCAUGAGGCAGCUAUGGCUCAACAGCAUUAUGAAAGAGCUCGUCAAGAUUACGAGAGAGCGCUGCAGGACUAUCAAAGGCAUAUGGCUUGGUUGGAGACGCAGCAGCAAGACAGAGGACAUGGUUCUCACGAAUACUACUCAUCGGACUCUGGCGUCAGCCUUCCGAGUACCGGAGGUCAUGGAGAACACCAACAAAAGGCUAUGGGCACCGGAGGCAGCCCGGAUCACGGCGUGAUAGGACAGAACCGGAUGCCGCAGAUUUUCACUCGCGAGGGACAACCUUUUGGCCCUCAGAACGGACACGCUGCUCCGAAUGGUCAGGGGCCGCAAGCUGGAUUCCAGAACGGCGACCACACUCGCAACAAUGGCCCUGCCGGAGCCAUGUCUGGCUUGCCGCAUCCUGCCCCUGUCGAAGCAGCGAAUGGUGCGCCGAUGGUACGCUUCCAGCAGCCGGGGGAGAACCAGGGCAUCCAAGCUCCUGUUCCACCUCCCGCUCCAAUCACGAGAAGGAAACGUAAUCAUUUGCGCUUCAUCUCUGCUCUGACAGUCGGUGCCCGCAGUGCCCCACAAUCUGCUGCUGCCAAGUCCGGCCGCGAUUUUGCUCCGGCGGUCCGCGUUCCGUGGGAUGCAGGGAUUAUUGGAGAGAACGCUCUUCCGGACUACAACCCUGCCACCCUUGCAAAUGUUGCUUUCUCUGUAGCUCUUGCAGAUGUUAGCGAUCCAACCAAGCCUAGGCUCAGCGAAGGUUGGCAGAGUCACGGGUAUGGAGAUCCUGACCUCAUCACCUCUCACUACAAGGUGGUUGAGAUACAAGACACCCGCCUCGUCCGAAAGAGAUUCUUUAGGGACCCCGAGACUGGCGAAAAGCGGAUCCGAGACUACGAUGCCAUCUUCGAUGCGCUUGCCGAUCCCUCUGAAUUUGAGGAAGUCUGGGAGCCUUUCACGAGGGAGGAGCUCGUCUUUGAUCUCUUUGGCCCACUCUUCUCCAAGACCACACCGGAUGUCCUUGAGCGCAUCGUUUCUCAUCUCGACUGCGCCGAUGUCAAAGCGCUCCGACAGACGUGUUCCGAAGUGCGAACUGCUCUCGAUACUGACGCUAGCCGCGAAGUGAUCCUGCGACGAUUCCUUUACCCAGUCGGCUAUCAAACGUGGCAAGAUAUCAAGACCACGCACACUAGGACAAGCUCAGACGUGUCCGCUGCGUCUUCUGCAUCGUCUGCGCCGCCCCCGAAGCUCCCUGCGCUGCCAGAGCGAGAUCCUCUCCCGAUCACAUUCCAAGAUGUGGAAGGAUUUUUCCUUGCCACAGAGGUCUUCCCGGAGUAUGCACUUGUAGGCGCGGACUGGCUCAGCCUUCCGCAUGAGAUGGACGCACGGGUACCACGAUUAGCCAGAGCCACGACGAGAGCCUACUCGCGCGUCUUGACUCGACUCAGGCUUCAACCCUCAUAUAAAGUGCCCUCGCCUCCUCCGUCUCAACCUCCAGCAUCAUCAGCAGGCUCUAUUCAUUCAGUUUCUGGAGCUUCGUCGCCUACAGCUGGCAAGGCACCUACUGGACUGGCGUCAAGCCCUCUGAUGAGCAUGAACAUGUUCAGUCCUACACUCAGCGCGAAUGGCCGAAUCUCUCCAGCAGCAAGCCUGUCUACUCAACAGCAGCCAGUUGGAUUGCCUGGACCUGCCAUAGCCUCCCCGUGGAAACCGGGUCGGGUAGCUGUGUAUCGGGUCUGGGUCCCAUGUCGCGACAGAGUCUGGCUCAGCGACGAGGAGAUUGCCAAGUGCGAGAGGGAGCUCUUCCUUGCGUCGGUCUGGCCUCUGCUCAGGCGCGGGGACAUCAUUCGCAACACUGCCAUGGUCGACGAGGGCAACGUCGGCAAGCUCAUCUUUGACGGGAGGUUCCUGCGCGACCUGUCCUUUGCCUUUGAUCCCAUCGGACAUAUCCCUAGCUGGCUCAAUCUCCUCCUCUAUCCACCAGCAUACUAUCACAACGUCAUCAAGUCUUCGACUGCUUCGCCCAUCCUCUACCUCGAUAUCCUUCCCUGGCGCGAGCAGAUCAUCUCCUCUCUCCGUCUAGUACAAGAUCAAGUCGAGACGACUGCCCCAAAUGGUCUCCGCUACCGUAUCGCCAAAUGGCUCUACCGCACAACGGCCAACGUCAAGGCGAGUCAAAUCAUUAGCGAAGAAGGCUUCCAGUGCGUCGACGAAGGAUGGGAGGGCAAGCUGUUCUUCGAGACGGAAGGCACCUCGGAGCACGCAAAAGACCUCGUGCUGCGCUGUGCUGGACCUCUGGCCACCCCGCAAGCCAAGGCUAAGAUCCUCGCUGCUGUCCUGGGCCAAGGGGCGGAUGCAGGCGGACCGGCAAAGACGAGGGAUUCGGCUUUGGCCCUUUUGAGGAAUCCUGCUGUCAAGGAUCGAGAGGGUAGGACGGUGCAGGUACAGUACCCCUUUGCGGUCAUGCGCGACCGGUCUAAGCCGGGAUUGAUCUGGCUUAGACCUGUGCAGGAGCGAGAGCGAAUCGCCUAGAGCACAUCGCAUGGCAUAGUGAGGCACAAAAUGUCUCUUGCUACCCGACGAUCUUCAUACCCACAUGGACUUUGUUUUUUCUCUUCUACUAUACUAUGGACUUUUAUACUACCCCUCCCCUCUUCGCUCUCCCAUUUUCCCCCUCCCCCCCUUUCCUUUCCCCCACUUUGUCUACUCUACUCUACUCUACCCAAAAGCACAUCGUAAAUCGCACAUUGCAUAUAGUCUCCUCUACUCUGCCUGUACAACCCUUUU